CAUUUCCAGCUCAGAAAGUGUCACAUAAACUUUUCCGAAGGACAUGUGACGUUUACUAAUUUAAAGUGUGAAAUAAUUGACAAGAUGUUUGGAAAAUUUGAAACCUGUCAUAUUAAAGCAAUCAAUCGAACACAUAAAUACAUGGAUGUAUACGUUAAGCUGAAUAAAUUGCCAAUCACAAAUAUGAAGAUAAUAAUAGAACCAAUGCGAAACGAUAAUGGCUACAGACCGUUUUUCAUGAGUACGACAGUGGAUUUUUGCAGGUAUAUGAGGAAUCCAAAUCUUCAAAAAAUGACCCUUUUUACUAAAUUGUAUGCAAAUAUUAGAAAUGUAUCGAAUUUGAAUCAUACCUGCCCAUACAAUAAUGACAUAGUCUUGGAGAAAUUUUGGACUGGCGAUCUGGAGAAGGGGCUUACUAAAUAUCUUCCAAUUCCUAACGGACAAUAUGCAUUGUUUUCGAAGUGGUUUACUUCGAAUAUCCUACGCGCAAAUUUAAAUGUGUACUUUAAGGUACUUAACUGA